UGACAAAAGAAAAAGGAAAAAGAAGUUACAACGUGGCCGUUAGAUGUGGAUCUAAAAUCUAACAGCUCAUAUGCAACUCAAAACCUGUCGGACACAACACCUUUAUCCAAUGCUGAGUCACUCUUAUCCCUGCUGCCAAACAGCAACUGGAUUCUCCAAACCGAGACAAAGCUUCAAGAUCACGGCGAUGUUGUCGGAAAACAAACAGAGGAACCCUAGAAUCCUCUGCCUUCACGGAUUCAGAACAAGCGGUCUGAUUCUCCGUUCGAUUAUUACAUCCAAAUGGCCAGACACAGUCCUCCGAAACCUCGACCUCGAUUUCCUCGACGGUCCGUUCCCGGCCACCGGAAAAUCGGACAUCGAGCGGUUCUAUGAUCCGCCUUAUUAUGAGUGGUACCAAACUAGCAAGGGUUUUAGAGAAUACAAGAAUUUUGAAGAGUGUUUGGAUUAUGUUGAGGACUACAUGAUAAAGAAUGGACCUUUUGAUGGUCUUCUUAGUUUCUCCCAGGGGGCUUUUCUGUGUGCUGCUAUUCCUGGAAUGCAAGAACAGGGAACGGCUCUAACUAAGGUGCCAAAGGUGAAGUUCUUGGUGCUAAUAUCCGGAGCAAAGAUUCCUGGUUUGAGGUUUGGACAGCCUAAAGCUGCGGUUGGUGCAUUCUCAUCUCCUGUUCGUUGCCCUUCACUCCACUUCAUAGGGGAGAGGGAUUUUCUGAAAACAGAAGGUGAAGUUCUUGUGGAAUCAUUUGUAGAGCCAGUGGUGAUCCGUCAUACAUUUGGACACACUAUACCUAAACUUGAGACUGAAGCUGAGGAGACAGUGUUGAGCUUCUUCCAAGGGAUUAAGAAGAUGCUUUCUGAUGAAUCGUCUUCUCUAAGAAGCUUGAUGUGAUUAAGAGCUGCUCCCAAUAGGUUUCAAUUUGAUUAGAUGAUCUUACAAAUAUAAAUUUGAGAGGUGUGCUUGUUCUUUUUGCAUAUGUUUCCCUUAGUCUUUGUGUGGUUUUAGAUGUAGAUAAAAAUGAUACAGUUAAAUUUGGUUAUACCUUAAUACAAUUUCAACUAUUAAAUUUAGUAAAAGUCGUAUGAU